UUUCAGAAACAAAAUAGAGACAGCUUCGGCAUGUCGCGUUGCGAGCUUUGAGAGGAUUUGGAGGGUAGAGUUGCAGUAGGCGAGAGGCACUCUCAGUAGUUGAAGUUUUCUUCCGAUUCACUAUCUGUGACACAAUUUGAAGUCAUUUCUGCCUACGCAAUUGUGUUCAUUCGAGAAGUUGAGUGUCUCUGGAUGCUGGCAAUUAUGAAGGUGCAAUUUUGAUUGAAUCUGAAUUGUAAUUUCAUCACCAAUGGGUUACAGAUGCAUUCAGUGUGGGUUUCCAGUAAGAACACUUUACGUGCAGUAUUCUCCAGGCAACAUUCGCUUGAUGAAAUGUGAGAGCUGCAAGGCUGUGGCAGAUGAAUAUAUUGAAUGUGAAAUCAUGAUUCUUGUAAUUGAUUUGAUACUUCACAAGCUCAAGGCCUAUAGACAUCUUCUCCACAAUGUCAUCAAUCAAGAAACAAUCAAGUUUCAGGGACUACUCUGGAAAUCGGCUGUCAUUUUUCUUCUUUUUGAAGCUUACAGAUUUUUGAUCUUGGAAGGCAGCAAGGGAAAAUUGGGUUCAUCAACGAGCUUCUCUUCUUUAUUAUCAAUAUGCUGGAAGGUGCUGAUGGAUGUUAUAUUUGGGAACUUUAUGUUUCUAUUGACUUUCUUCUUUAUGGUUAAGACAUUUUUUCAUGUCCCAAUCACCCUCUCCAGGUGCAAUGACCUUUUGCUUAUGCUCAUGAUUUCAAGUUACUUCAAGAUUUUUCUUGUUGCCAUGAUGGUCUGGGAGUUUCCAUCUUCUGUGAUCUUCAUCAUUGAAUUGUUUUGUUUAUCAUCGAAUGCUGUGGCAUUGAAAGUGAUGACUGAGUUAACUAUGAGUCAAUGUGUUUGGACCUGCGUCAGUGCAUAUGCUAUAAAAUUUUGUGUCACUCGGAUACCGGAGCUCAUAUUGUUGGGGCAAUUAAUGCAUGAUUGGAGCCAAAUGCAAUGCUCAUUCAUUAAAGCCAGCAUGACUUAAUUUUGCAUUCUCUUGCUAAUGUAUUUGCAGUAAAAUUUCAGGGCAAGUGUUUCUGAACUGUAUAUAUGCUCCUUGACAUUUUUUUCUUAAAUUUAAUUUGAAGCUCUAACACUUGUAGCGUGCUUCUAAACAUUGUUAUGAUGCUUGUUAAAUUUAGUCUUUUACAUAGUA